AUUAUCAGUGAAUAUUUGUGGACAAAAAUAAACAAACACAAAUUGUAAACGUUUUUAGAGAAAUUAUUAAAUAAAAUAUGCCAAAAGUUGUAUCCCGUAGUAUAGUUUGUUCUGAUUCCAAAGAUCAAGAAGAAUAUAAUGAUGAGACUCCAUUAAAUAUUUACUAUUGUUUAUGUGGUAAAUUGGCCUUAAUUUUAGAUUGUUCCAUAGAAAAGUUACCAUUAAGAAAAACAGAUGGAGCAAGAGUAAUAGACGGCAAACAUCAUGCCCACAAAUUAACGUUUCAAGAUGGGGAAACCAUUUAUAUACGACGCAAGGAAAAGGGAAUAGAAAAGCAAUAUCGUUUCAAUUGUAAAUCCUGUAAUUUACCCAUAUAUUAUCGCCAUGAGCCCAAAUCCGAUAUAACAUUCAUAAUACAUCACGCUUUGGUCAAAACUAAAAAUGAUAUACAUCUUAAUUUGGAAUCAUCUGCAACGACUGCUAAAAAGUUAUUGCCUGGUGAAUCGGAAAAGGUUAUGGUAACACGUCAUACCAAAAAUAUGGGUAAAUUUAGCUCGGUAACUGUUUCCACUAUCGACGAAGAAGAGGAUGAAAUUGAAGCGCGUGAAAUUGCGGAUAGCUAUGCUAACAAUGCCCGCAUUAUUGAGAAACAAUUACAACGCAAAGGUGGUAAACUAGUAGAUGUUGGAGCUCGUAUAAAACCCGAGGAAGGUCCGCCAGGCAAAAAGCCUAGAGGAACAUUGUUGGAUAUUUAAUAAAUUUUAUAUAAAGUUAAUUAAA